AGCUAGCUCUUGUUCUUGGGGACUCAUCUUUUUCCCCCUUUGAUAUCGAUCAGUUUUCUAUUCCACAAAAGGCCAGCCAAAAAGCAAAAGCAAAAGCACAAACACAACCAGCAAUCAAUCUUUCAUAAAGCGGAAACGCACAUUCAAAAGAUCCCCCAUAUAUACCGACUUCAUACAUGGAUUCAAAACUGAUUCUCGAUUAUACUUUCUUCAGAACAUAUGUUUUUCAUCUUAAGAACAUCGGUGUACAACAGAUUCAGGUGGGAAUUAUUAGUGCUGUUUUGGGAGGUGGUUAGAGAUGGCGAGCACGAGUGGGAUAAAAGAUGUAGGUCCACCGAGGUCGCUUUCAAGGAGGAUGACGAGGGGUUCCUCCAUGAUUGAACCAUAUGCGGAGGACAACGCCGCCGUUGACAGUGAGCUUGUGCCGUCUUCCCUUGCUUCUGUUGCUCCCAUCCUUCGUGUUGCCAACGAGGUCGAGAAGGAUAACCCCAGAGUUGCUUACUUGUGCCGGUUUCAUGCAUUCGAGAAUGUACACAGGAUGGACCGUAAAUCUACUGGACGUGGUGUUCGUCAGUUCAAGACCUACCUGCUGCAUAGACUUAAGAAGGAAGAGGAAGAGAUAAAGCCUCGAUUAGCAAAGAAUGAUCCUACGGAAAUCCAGAAAUACUACCAAAACUUUUAUGAGAAAAACAUCAGUGAGGGUCAAUAUACAAAGAAACCUGAGGAGAUGGCUAAGAUUUAUCAGAUUGCAACGGUGUUGUAUGCUGUAUUGAAGACGGUGGUACCUCCUUCAAAAGUUGAAUAUGAGACUGAAGAAUAUGCUAAAGAUGUAGAGGAGAAAAAGGAACAAUAUGAACACUAUAACAUUCUUCCUUUAUAUGCUGUUGGGGUUAAACCAGCAAUUAUGGAGCUUCCUGAGAUCAAAGCAGCUCUUCGAGCUCUCCGUAAUGUGGAUAAUCCUCCACUUAGAAAGCCAGGGGACAGAGACAAAUCUGCUAAUGAUAUACUCGAGUGGCUUUCUUCAGCUUUUGGAUUUCAGAAAGGAAAUGUUGCAAAUCAGCGGGAACAUUUAAUCUUGCUACUUGCAAACAUUGAUACACGGUCAAAGAGUCUUGAAGAUUAUGAGGAGCUGGAUGGCCACACAAUACAUCUAUUAAUGGAUAAAACAUUCAAGAACUAUUGCUCUUGGUGUGAUUAUUUGCACUGCAAGUCAAACCUCAAGUUUGAACCUGGUGCAGAUAGGCAACAGCUAGAGCUUCUCUACAUUGGACUCUAUCUGCUUAUCUGGGGUGAAGCUUCGAAUAUCCGCUUCAUGCCUGAAUGUAUUUGCUAUAUUUUUCAUAAUAUGGCGAAUGAAAUGCAUGGGAUUUUGUUUGGCAAUGUCCAACCUGUAAGUGGGGGUGCAUAUCAAGCAGAAGCACUUGGAGAAGAAUCGUUUUUACAGGACGUCGUGUCGCCUAUUUAUGAGGUUAUGCGCAAGGAAGCUAGGAGAAAUCGAGGUGGCAAAGCAAGCCAUUCUUCCUGGAGAAACUAUGAUGAUCUUAACGAAUACUUUUGGUCUGACAAAUGCUUUAAAUUAGGAUGGCCAAUGGACCUCAAAUCUGACUUUUUCGUUGACUCUGACGAUACAUUGCAGGCAAAUGGAGAGCACAACCAAGUCAUAUCUGGAAAGAAGAAACCUAAAACAAAUUUUGUUGAAGUGCGGACAUUUUUGCACCUGUACAGGAGUUUUGAUCGAAUGUGGAUGUUUCUUAUAUUAGUUUUUCAGGCUAUGGUAAUCGUAGCAAGUCAUGGAGAUGGAUCAAUUUUUGGAAUUUUUGAUGAGGGUGUCAUUGCGAGUAUUCUGAGCAUUUUCAUUACUUCUGCUGUCCUCAACUUUUUCCAAGCUGCUUUAGAUUUAAUCCUUAGCUUUAAUGCUUGGAGGAGCUUGAAAUCUACUCAAAUACUUCGCUACCUCCUUAAAGUCACCGUUGCUGCCUUUUGGGUAGUGAUCCUACCCAUUGGCUAUUCAAGCUCUGUUCUGAAUCCAACAGGACUUGUGAGGGUUUUCAGCACUCUGGGAGGAACUUGGAGGAAACAAUCACUUUAUAACUAUCUUGUUGCAAUUUAUUUGACACCCAACAUAUUGUCUGCUUUGCUAUUUCUGCUCCCACCCAUGCGGAGAUCCAUGGAACGUUCAAACUGGCGUAUGAUUGUUCUUCUAAUGUGGUGGGCCCAGCCGAAGCUCUAUGUUGGAAGAGGCAUGCACGAGGACAUGUUUUCCCUUUUGAAGUAUACACUAUUUUGGAUGCUGCUGCUAAUAAGCAAGUUCGCAUUUAGCUACUAUGUUGAGAUAUUGCCGCUGGUUGCACCCACAAAAGUAAUCAUGGAAUUGUCAGUUAGCAAAUAUGACUGGCAUGAGUUCUUUCCGAAUGUGACUCAUAAUAUCGGUGUUGUAAUUGCUAUUUGGGCUCCAAUUGUCAUGGUCUAUUUUAUGGAUGCACAAAUUUGGUAUGCAAUAUUUGCUACCAUUAUUGGUGGAAUCUAUGGAGCCUUCAGCCACCUGGGUGAGAUUCGAACACUUGGGAUGCUGCGCUCCCGAUUUGAUUCAGUUCCUUCAGCUUUCUAUGAACGCCUUGUACCAAUGCAGAAAGAAGAACCCAAAAUAGAUCCCCUGGAGGAUGAUUCAUUGGUGAGAAAGAACAUAGCAAAAUUUUCACAAGUGUGGAAUGAGUUCAUAUUUUCAAUGCGGAUGGAGGACUUGAUCAGCAACAGUGAGAGAGAUCUACUCCUUGUACCAUAUAAGACAAGUGUUGUCCCAGUUAUCCAAUGGCCGCCUUUCCUGCUUGCUAGUAAGAUCCCAAUUGCAUUAGACAUGGCCAAAGAUUUCAAAGGGAAGGAAGACGCAGACCUCUUUAGGAAGAUCAAUAAUGAUGACUAUAUGCACUCAGCAGUUAUUGAGUGCUACCAAACACUGAAGGAAAUGUUAUAUGAUCUUCUCGAUGAUGAAGGGGAUAAGAUGAUCAUUAAGCAUAUAUGCCAUGAAAUAGAUACUAGCAUCCAAAUGCGAACAUUUUUAAGUAAAUUUCGUAUGAGCGGAUUGCCUUCACUCAACGAUAAGUUGGAGAAAUUCUUAAGCGAUCUGCUAGCAGAUUAUGAUAAUGCUGAGAACUACACUUCCGAACUUAUUAAGGACCUUCAAGAUCUUAUGGAGAUUAUCAUAAAGGAUGUUAUGAUUAACGGACAGGAAAUACUUGACAGAGCUCAUUCUCGUCGUCAGGACAAUGACAAAAAGGAGAGAUUUGAACGGAUCAAUAUCCGGCUAACUCAAAUUAGAUCUUGGAAGGAGAAGGUAGUGAGGCUCCAUUUGCUUCUGACUGUCAAAGAAUCUGCAAUUAAUGUGCCUAUGAAUUUGGAGGCUCGCCGGCGUAUCACUUUUUUUACAAAUUCUUUGUAUAUGAGAAUGCCAAAUGCUCCAAAAGUUCACAAUAUGCUAUCAUUUAGUGUAUUGACUCCUUAUUACAAAGAAGACGUUCUGUAUUCUGAAGAAGAGCUUCAUCUGGAAAAUGAGGAUGGAAUUUCAAUCUUGUUUUAUCUUCAGAAAAUAUAUCCAGAUGAAUGGAGAAAUUUUGAAGAGAGGAUCAGAGAUCCAAAGCUAAAGGCUAAUGAAAAAGACAGGACGGAGGCAACACGUCAAUGGGUUUCUUACAGGGGACAGACACUUUCAAGAACAGUGAGAGGGAUGAUGUAUUACAAAGAAGCUCUUGAACUUCAAUGCUUCCUAGACUUUGCGGAGGACAAUGAGAUUUUUACCGGCUACCGGACGGUUGAUAUGAAUAAAGACCACAGGGUUCUCAAAGAACGUGCAGAAGCAUUGGCAGAUCUGAAGUUCACCUAUGUUGUUUCUUGCCAGAUUUAUGGUGCUCAGAAGAAAUCCAGUGACAAUAGAGAUCAAAGUUGUUAUGCUAACAUACUAAAUCUGAUGCUUACAUAUCCAUCUUUACGUGUCGCUUAUAUAGACGAGAUAGAUGAUGAAAAAGGCCAGAAGGUUUACUACUCUGUUUUGGUCAAGGGUGGGGAUAAACUAGAUGAGGAAAUAUAUCGAAUCAAGCUUCCUGGUCCGCCUACAGAAAUUGGUGAAGGGAAACCUGAAAACCAAAACCAUGCAAUUAUUUUCACUCGUGGGGAGGCCCUGCAGACAAUUGACAUGAAUCAGGACAACUACUUUGAGGAAGCUUUCAAAAUGCGAAACGUAUUGGAGGAAUUCCACAAAGAUCACCAUGGCGAACGUAAACCAACAAUACUGGGAUUGAGGGAACAUAUUUUUACUGGAAGUGUCUCAUCACUUGCGUGGUUCAUGUCCAAUCAAGAGACAAGUUUUGUGACGAUUGGUCAAAGGGUUUUGGCAGACCCUCUGAGGGUUCGCUUCCAUUAUGGUCACCCUGAUAUAUUCGAUAGAAUCUUCCACAUAACAAGGGGUGGUAUAAGUAAAGCUUCAAAAAUUAUCAACUUGAGCGAGGACAUAUUUUCAGGUUACAAUUCAACUUUGCGUGGUGGAUUUGUAACACAUCACGAAUAUAUCCAAGUGGGCAAAGGUCGAGAUGUUGGUAUGAAUCAAAUAUCCCUAUUUGAGGCCAAGGUUGCAAAUGGAAAUGGCGAACAGACGCUUAGCCGUGACGUUUACAGACUUGGUCGGCGUUUUGACUUUUAUAGGAUGCUAUCAUUCUACUUCACCACAGUUGGUUUCUACUUUAGCAGCAUGGUUACUGUACUUGUUGUUUAUGUCUUUUUGUACGGACGAAUGUAUAUGGUUUUAAGUGGGCUGGAAAAGAAAAUUAUGGAAGAUGCAACUAUCAGUAACAACAGGGCUCUAGAAGAGGCUCUUGCAACCCAAUCUGUUUUUCAGCUGGGAUUGAUUCUGGUACUUCCUAUGGCCAUGGAAGUAGGUCUCGAAAGUGGAUUUCGACGAGCCCUUGGUGACUUUAUCAUAAUGCAGCUUCAACUGGCCUCCGUUUUCUUCACUUUCCAACUUGGAACAAAGGUGCACUAUUAUGGAAAAACAAUUCUACACGGAGGUUCAAAAUAUCGAGCUACUGGUCGUGGGUUUGUCAUCUUUCAUGCAAAAUUUGCCGAUAACUACAGGUUGUAUUCAAGAAGUCACUUUGUGAAAGGGUUGGAGCUGGCUAUACUUUUGGUUAUUUAUCAAGUUUAUGGGGAAUCAUACCGAAGUUCAGACUUAUAUUUGUUCAUCACUUUCUCAAUAUGGUUUCUGGUAUCCUCGUGGUUGUUUGCUCCCUUCGUUUUCAAUCCUUCGGGAUUUGAUUGGCAGAAGACGGUGGAGGAUUGGACGGAUUGGAAGCGGUGGAUGGGGAAUCGUGGCGGCAUCGGGAUUGCACAAGAUAAAAGUUGGGAAUCAUGGUGGGAUGCAGAACAGGAGCACCUGAAACACACAAAUACAAGAGGCAGACUUUUGGAGAUUGUGCUUGCACUUCGUUUCUUCCUUUACCAGUAUGGACUUGUUUAUCAUCUUAAUAUAGCUCGUGAUAGCAGAAGCAUACUGGUUUAUGGACUUUCUUGGUUGGUCAUGAUAACUGCUCUUCUGGGGUUGAAGCUGGUCUCAAUGGGUAGACGGAGAUUUGGGACCGAUUUUCAACUCAUGUUCAGGAUCUUAAAGGCGCUUCUUUUCCUCGGGUUCCUAUCGAUUAUGACCGUCUUAUUCGUCGUAUGUGGCCUCACUUUAAGCGACAUAUGUGCUGCUUUUCUUGCAUUCCUGCCAACAGGGUGGGCAUUUCUCCUGAUUGGUCAAGCGUGCAGACCUUGCGUUAAAGGCAUAGGAUUUUGGGAUUCGAUAAUGGAGCUGGGACGUGCGUAUGAAUGUGUGAUGGGGUUGGUUAUAUUCAUGCCCAUCGUUAUACUAUCCUGGUUCCCUUUCGUAUCCGAGUUCCAGACAAGGCUACUAUUCAAUCAAGCAUUCAGCAGAGGUCUGCAAAUCUCGAUGAUUCUUGCAGGGAAGAAGGACAAGACUCAAUAUGCUUGACCAAACUUUUGGUCUUGCUUGUAAUUAUUCAAAUAUACAAUUACUUCUCAUUCCAUCAAAUGUUUUACAUGCUAAUCUGAACCAUCCUUUAGUUUCAAACAAACCUUUAUUCUUUCAAAAAACCGACAUCGCGUCCUUUCACCAUAAACACCAAAAACACAUACUGAGUGAUCUAUAGUUGGCUUUGAAAGCGUGAGGGUUCAAAGUCUAGCAGAGGCAAUUUCAGGAUUCUUGUGGGUAUUUAAGACAUACAUCUAGCAAACCGUUGUGUACU